AUGGCUUCCUCUCAGGUUGAAAUGGCUUCGUGUGCACCAUUUGGUUGUGUUUUGAGGGAUCACAAACGGCGAGAUCGAUGCAGAGCAGAGAGUAAUGCCAGAGCCACGCAAACAGCAUUGCAAAAGAACUUGAAGAACUUGGUCAGAAACCACCUCCAGACUUGCGUUUCAAUCUCUCCUGAAACCUCACAGAACCAACAACAAAUCAACGAUCCAGAUUCUUCAUGGAUUGGCAACAAUGAAGAGGAAAGACAAACAAACGACGUCGACACCUUGGGGUUGGCAAAUUCGGCAACUUCAUCACCAGGGCCAUCAACUUCUAGGAGAGAAGAUAACAAUGUUCUGGUUAGAUCAGAUAGUCUCGGUGAAAUCUCAAGCCUUAGGGCUUCUUCUCUUGUACAAAUAUGGGAGAGAAGGCUAAGCAAGUCUCAUAGUAUGAACUCCAAUGCAAGCAGGUGUGAUUCUGGCACUAGUUGUAAUGAGAUUGCAUCCUCUGCAGCUUCAUCUGUUGAUGAAAGAUUCGAUGUUUGCCCCGCGACUGAGGAUUCUUUUUCGGCUUGGAAUGGCGAAAGGAAUGCCCAAAGCGAUCAACCAUGUUGUUCUUCGUCUCAGGAACAAAGUCUGGAUUCAGGAGAAAGUGAAAGGGUAGGAGUUGCAGAUAUUAUUAGGAGAUUCACAGCUGCUAAUCAGGUACAGAGUUCAUUAUCUUCUUUGAGUGAUGAUAACUCUAGCACCAAUGCAUCACCGUCUGGCGAGCACGAACGUUCCUCUACUCCGGAUCAAUUAGAGCACAGAGGCUUUUCUCCUGUUAGAUAUUCACCUCGGAUCAGAGGGAGACAGGCUUUUAAUGAUUUGCCUAUGCAAACAGAGCGUGACAGGCAUGGAGAGCUUGAAAAAUUGGUCGAUCGCAGACUGGUUUCGAGAUUCCCACAAAAAGAUCAAAUUCAGUCUUUAUUGCGGCAUAGAUUGCUACAGAGCAACAUUGCAAUUCACGAGCAAGAAGGCCCAGAAUCAAGAUCAUCUCAAUUCAAUAAACAACCACAAAGUUCUACCAUCAUGCAUUUGAGGCCUCAAAGGGAGAUAGCAAACGACACCAUAGAUUCGGACAAUUCUUCCAUCCCCAUUACACCUAAUGAAGGUGCACACACUCAUGAAGCUAAUUGCACUGAGCAGCAAAGUCCAGUGCUUGAACAAAAUUCAUUGUCGUAUGCAAGUGAAGAUCUUCAAGAAAAUUUGAAUCCAAGUUCUGAUGUUACAUGGCAAGGAACAAUUUCAGAGACCGGAAACCUUGAGUCGCAAAAAGCAACAGAUUCAACCACGUUGUCUGAUGGUUGGUAUACAAAUGAUGCAGCAGAAGAAGUCUGCAAUUCAGAGAAUGAGAUGUGUCGGUUACGCGAAAGGUAA